UUCAUCGCCGGCAGACUUUGUAUGUGAGGUCGGUUGUUAUGCAGCGAAUGUUACAUCUAGGCUUUUCUUUUGGUGACCAAUGAUUCCUUUAUUAGCAGCUUUUCCCAUCGAUGGCUUCGUUUAACCAAGCCAAACAGACGUCCAUUUACGUUCGCCUUCCCCCCAUCGGAUCUCUGAACCAGCAAUCCAAGUUCCUGGACAAAGUGUGCAUUUAUUUCCAGAAGACUCGGGUGAGCCAGGGCAGCGACGUUCAGGAAGUGCAUGUCAUCUCGUCCGACAAUGAAGCACUGUGGCUUAGGGUUACUUUCAGUGAGCCGUCAGGCGUUGAACACACACUGGCUCUCGAACACCACGAGCUGGUUUGUGAUGGAGAAACCAUUCAUCUUCAUGUCCAGUCAUCUCCUCCGACGCCAGAUUCGACUGAACCACCUGCUGACACAGACACAGAUUCUGAUCUUGAAAUAAUAAGCUUGGAUAGUUUAACUUUACAUGACGAUGAUGUGGGCUCCAGCAAAGGCAGUGAACGGCACACCCAUGGUAAACCUGCUAAAUCUGGACAUCCUGGGCACGGAAAGAACCCAUUCAUCAGACCAACCACAUGGAUGGAGCAGGUCAGCAGCGUCAAUGAAAGUGUGGCCAAAACACCUCAUCUUUACCCUCCGACUAAUCUUGAGCAGACUGCCAAUCCUACAUGUUUAGCGCAGCCGUUUCCGCCUCCGUCUCCGGCAGCUGUACAUGCCCCUCCGUUUACGACAUCUGCGACAAUGCGUGCACCUAUAAUGUCUCAUCGCGCAUCAUCUCUCACUGGUGUUCCUCCAAAUGUAUCCCCUACGGUGCUUCCAGCUGCGCCUAGUGCACCUCCAACUUCACAUUCCGCGGUUUCUUCAACUACGACGCUUGCUUCACAGCUGAGUUCAGACCAUGAUGCCGGUACAGGGGCUGCUUCAGGUGUGUGGGAUUUCCGGACCCCGUCGGCUCAAAUCUUGUCUUAUCAGAAAAUGAACCAAAGACGAGAUGCAUGCGAGGAAGAUGGCAACUUGGUGCCUCGCAGUGAAAAUGGUGCCGUCUACAGACGAGAUUCAGAGCCUAACUUCGGGUUCAACUUUACACCAGACAAUCCCCCAUCAAUGGCUUAUUGGAACACGACGGGGCAGAAGACUGGUUUUGAUUCCAGAAUUUGGAGCAAUGUUAUCCCUUUAAAUAACCCACGGUCCCCUUGGCACGCCCCAGCACCUGCAUCACAACCUCCUCCAGGGUUUGGAUUCCCCGGCCUUGGUAGAGGGAUGCCUGUGAGAGGAACCACCGGGCCUCAACAAUGUUGUCCGACUAGUAUCCCACCUCCUGACGUUGGCGAAUUAACCCUGCCAAUGCAGUCACAUCAUCGAUACAGCAUGCCUUUGGGGGACCCAAACUUUCUUGCAGCAUCACCUGUAAGUAAAAAGUCUUCUCACCAGGUGACAUCAACAAGCAGGAUUCCAGGUAUUGCGGUUCGUGCAACUCCUGCCCGUGAAGACAAUCCUUUUCUUACAGAAAAGAGUGAAAAACAACAGGAUGACCACUCUGACUCCGAUGAGGAGGAGACAGAAGAGGAGCAGUUGGUCGAAGUGACGGAUUUCAAACCCACGACCUCGGACGAAAUGCUGCGGUUGUAUUUUGAGAAUCCUCGUAAGUCCAGAGGAGGAGACAUUGAAGCCUGGGAGAAGGACAUCAAAUCCGGAGCCAUCCGAAUCAAGUACAGUGAUCCAUCAAUUGCAAAAGCAGUGACAGAGAGAGCUCACAAAGUCGAACGCUGCAAUCUGUCAGUGAGGCUGAUUGUGAAGAAGAAACCUCGCCCCCGUCCCGUCAAGAAGCGGUGCCUGUUUCUGAGCGGUAUCCCAGAUGAAUGCAAUUCUGAACACCUCUUACUUUACCUCGAGAACUGCUCUAGUAUGGAUGAACCUAGAGUUCAGUACGGUGAGAUGCCUGGCACAGCGCUGUGUACAUUUGCGGAAGACAUACCAGAUUUGCAGAAGGUCAUCAACAAGAUUUCCUCGAAGAAGCUACAGAAAGCUCAAGUGACAGCAGAACUGGUGCAUGAGUCCGACUGUAUCCUUGUGCAAGGUUUGACAUCGGAAACGUCUUUGGACUUCAUUGAGUUGUAUUUUGACAACAAAAAGAAAAGUGGUGGCAGCGGUGUGAGAGAAGUGUUGCCAGGAAACGCCGAAGACCAGGCCAUUGUCUACUUUGAAGACUGGAAGGUUGUGAGUGACGUAUUGUCAAGGAAAGAACCUCACAAGGUGUGCAACACUCUACUGACAGUCGAAGAAUACCAUGACUGCUUGGGGAGACUUACUUCAUUAGAUGCCCCAACUCCACACAUUCCGAAGCCGAUCUCUGUGAUGGUACCAAUAGACAUCAUGGAAUUCAUCUACCGAAAGGGCCAAGAAACAAAGAAAAAGCUGGUCGGAGAGUUAAGGAAAAUAAAUGCCACUCUUACCUGGCCUGAUGGUGACAAGAAGACGGCUGCUAGACUGGAGCCCCUGGUUGGAGACGGGCAGCGUCCGUCAGUCUGGAUCAACUGGUCUCAAUUAUGUAGGGAAGCUUUGACUAGCUUCCUGGACGGAUGCACGUCAACUACAGUUCCUGUAGCCACUUUUCUGUGGAAAGAAGCAACUGCCAAGCUGGCAAAGAUCAGUACUUCUCAGACCUGUUUAAUUGUCCUGGAAGGCCAGACUCAUUCGGUGCGUUUUGUAGGAGAGAAGAAAGAUGUUGACGAGGCAAUAGCAGACACUAAAAAUGUCAUCAAGGAGCUUCAAGCUAAGGCUGAUCGUGAUGCCCAGCAGACGAAACAAGAUAUAGGUAUGGCACCACACAAGCUCCAGCUUUUUCUCCAGUGUGGUAUUCGCAGCAAGAUGGAACACAAGUUCCCAGACCUGAAAAUCACUGUUACGUCUGCGCAAGGGCAAGUGGGAAUCACUUUGGAAGGAAAGAACAAGAACGUCAAGGACGCAGAAUUACUGAUGCGAAGACAGAUGGACGAACUGAGCAAUAAGGAAUUGAAGACGGGGAGGAACAAAACGGAAUUUGUUCGCAGAGUGUCCGACAAAAUGCACGAGAUUUGGGGCUCACAAAAAAUCAGUGCUGCGUGCGACAUUUCUGCAGACGGCAAAAUUACAAUCUAUGGCGCCUCCAAAACCGAUACAUCCCGGGCUAAAACAUACAUUGAUCAAGAAAUAGACGAGGAUGUAAUCCGUAUCAACGGGCCUGCUGUGUCAGCUGCUCUGAAAAGUCAGGGAGGACUUCAGCUUAUUGAUGGCAUUAAUAAGAAGAAAUUUGCUAUGGCCGACAUCAAUUAUAAAUCAGGAAAUGUAGAGCUUGCCGGAUUCAAGACUGAGUUGAAGGAAGCCAAGCAGCACAUCCUCAUGUUCUUGAAGGAUAAUGUAACAGUCAAGGGAACCAUCCGAGCGACUAGAAGCAAAGUCCGCCUGAUCACUUCAUUCCACGGUCAGGAACUGGCUGAUUUUACCACAAAGCACCAGAGAGAUCGCGUCACCAUCCAGCCACAAAGGAGCAGAGCUAACAAGGGGUUCCUCUUAGAGGCGAACGAAGAGGGCCUUAAUGCCGCGAGUCAAUUCAUCCACAAGCUCCUAGCUGAGAUCAAGGAGAAACCCUAUCCCGUCUCCAAGAUCGGCAUGGCCCAGCUUUUCCGUGAAACGAAGGGAAAGAACUUUCUGGAAUCUGUGGAGAAGAAGCUCAAGUGUGUGAUCGAUGUAGUCGGCGAUGAAGAAGAUGACAUCGAGGAAGGCAGCAAUGCAAGUCAAUCUCCAGGAACCACCGAGGUACUGUGCAAGAUAACUCUUCCUGACGGCUGCACUUUGAGAGUGUGCAAAGGUGACUUGACGAAGCAGAUUGUAGACUGCAUCGUGAAUGCUGCAAAUGAAGAUCUUAAACACAUUGGGGGCUUAGCAGCUGCUAUACUUCAGGCUGGUGGGCAAAUAAUUCAGACCGAGUCAGAUCAGAAAAUGAAGGAAAAAGGUCGUAAGUUAUAUGUUGGGGAGCCCGUUUACACUUCCAGUGGUAAUUUACCGUGCAAGAAAGUCAUUCACAUGGCAGGACCCAGAUGGUCGCGUUACCAGGCCUCCAAGUCAGGGCCAGACGAUGAACCAACCCACGAAGAGCAUCUACUCUUUGAUGGCAUCGUUGCUUGCCUUCAGAUGGCGGAUAAGCUGAGAUUCCAGUCCAUUGCCAUUCCCGCGAUAAGCACAGGAAUAUAUGGAUUCCCCAUCAAGCUGGCUGCUGUGCAGAUUGUAAAUGCUGUGGCCGAGUUUUGUCAAAAUAAACCAGACACUACUCUGACAGAGAUUAGUCUUACAAACAACGACCAGCCAACCUGCGAUGCGAUGAGAAAAGUCGUACUGGAUCAGCUGGGGUACCUUCAGGAGAAAGAACUAGGUAUCGAUGAUACACAAGGUGUAGGUGGCUCAUCACUGGCCAGUUAUGAACCGGCUGUGGUAGCGUCGGUGUUUACUUCAUCUGGACCAAACAUCCUGACGACAAAAGAGGGUGUCACCGUUACCUUGAAAAAAGGAAGCAUCACCGAAGAAAUGGCUGAUGUACUGGUGAACACAUCGGGCACUGACUUAAACCUUAGCAUUGGCUUGGUGUCACAAGCUUUACUGAAAGUUGCAGGACCAGCUCUGCAGCAAGAGUGCAAUGCUGUGAUUACUGCCCGCGGCAAGGUCUCAGCAGGUUCCUUCGUAGAAACUGGAUCUGCUAAUUUGACCAACUGCAAGAAAAUCUUCCACUGUGUCAUAGACAGAUAUCAGUCAAGCGCCUCGGAAAAGCCCUUAGCGACCCUUGUAGAAGGCUUACUGAUGCAAGCUGAAAUUAUAGAAGCAUUGUCCUUGGCAAUACCCGCACUGGGCACGGGCAACCUCGGCUACCCACCCGACGUCACCGCUCGAGUCAUGUACGAAGCAGUCUUAGCUUUCAGCAGCCAACAUCCGAAUGCUGUUCUGAAAGACAUCCGUUUCGUCGUGUACGACAAGGAUACGAAGACCAUUAAGGGUUUUGAGGGUGAAAUCGGACGCCUUACCUCGGGGGCAGUGAGAGGAGCAGCUGCACCUGCCGUUUCUAAGAGGAAAUUAAAAAAAUCAGUCUCGACAUCAGCUGUCGGGGACCGACACUCGUACUCUCAGAUUCACCGAAACUCAGAUGGUGCAGUACAGGCACAAAUUGGUCCAGUGUGUCUGCAGAUUCGCCAGGGGGAUCUUGUGAAAGAAAAAAGUCACGCCAUCGUGAACAGUGUCGGAGAAAAGCUUGACCUGCAAGGUCCUGUGUCUAGCGCUCUCCUGGCCAAGGGAGGAGAAAAGAUCAGGAAGGAAUGUGAUGAUCAACGCCGGAAUGAUCCGACAAAAACGGUGUAUGUCACAAAAGCUGGAAAAUUACAGUGCAAUCUCAUUUUCCAUGUUGUUACUCCUAAAACUCCCGAGGACAUCAAGGCUGUCGUGGCAAAGACGCUUAAGCAAGCUGAAGAAAGGAAAGUCAAAUCUAUCUCCUUCCCUGCACUCGGAACAGGAUUUCAAGCUGGUCAAGCAGUUUCUUCUUCGGCUAGUUCCAUGCUGGCAGCCAUCGGGGAGUUUGCCUGUAGGGAGAAUCCUCGUCAUCUACACCUCAUUCGUCUGGUCAUCUACAAACGCGAAAUGCUCCCCGGAUUCGAGGACGCUUUGAAACAGGAGGAGGGUCGUUCAUUCAAAAAGCAAGCAGGUCUUCUGUCCAGAAGCAUAGAGUGGGCAAAAUCUUUUAUGCCUGGGGCAGCCACUAAUGAAACGUCCGACGAUGAAGCCCCGCAAGAAACUCUCCUUCUACAAAUAUGUGCCAUGGAUGAUGUCACCAUUCAGAAAGCAACGGACGAGAUCGAUAAGUUUCAGUCUGAGGAGUUCACGUCCGAGGAUAUGCCGGACGAUCAUGGAAUGACUGCAAAACUGACCGAAGAGCACCAAGCCGAACUCAGGAACAUUGAACGGAAGUACAACGUGCAUAUAGAGCUCUCGAAAGGUCAUGCCAAGUUUGUCCGUGUGGAGGGAACUACAAUCAACGUGAAGGAUGCACGAUUUAGAAUCCAAGAGUUGUUCACGAGAAUGCAGGUGCAGGAAACUGAGAAGCAACGGAACGAAUACCUGACGAAAGAAGUGCAGUGGAAGUAUAUCACCUCGACUGGUGCGGAAGACUAUGACGCCGAGGUCAACGCCAUUAUUGAAGACGCCUACCAAAAGAAACGGCCAUUGGUUACCCUCGAUUUAGAAGAGGGACGGGUUACCGUCGACUUCAAAAAGAUGAAAGAAUUGUCGAGGGCUGGAUCUCUCAGCAUAAAUCGCAUUGAUCUGCAACAAGCUACCAAAUUUGAACCGCCGAGCUCCUGGAUACCCAUGCAGAAUAACGAGCAUCUCCAACUGGUAAAACUGGCUGCAGGGACCCAGGAGUACACCGACGUGGAAUCAAGUUUCAGGUUGUCCAUGGGCAGUCAAGCCCCAGUAAACCAAAUUGUUGAGAUUUUGAGAAUCCAGAACAUAGAACUCUUGAUGCAGUACCAGGCCCGCAAGACGGCGCUAGAGGCUCGUCUUGGCCGCACUAACAUUGAAGAGACACUGUACCAUGGUACCGAUGAGCAAACAUGUGAUAAGAUCAACAAGUUCGGAUUCAACCGCAGCUUCUGCGGCAAAAACGCGACCGUGUACGGCAACGGGACCUAUUUCGCGGUCGAGGCUAGCUACUCAGCCAGAUCACAGUACGCCAAACCGAAUGCUAGCAACACCAAGCACAUCUACGCCACCAAAGUGCUGGUUGGUGAUUUCACCACAGGAAGUGGAGGCAUGGUGGUGCCCCCAAACAAACCCAACAACCCAGACCAACUGUUCGACAGCGUAGUCGACAACACGAGCAAGCCCAGCAUCUAUGUCAUCUUCCACGAUGCCCAGGCGUAUCCGGAAUACCUCAUAAAAUUCAAUUAGACAAGAUAAGAAAAGACAUCAGACAUUCGUUUACAAGGGUUGCCGGAGGUAUUACAACUCACCAGUCCUGUUCAGAUUAUUGCCUAUAAAAGUAGAAAGUAGAUCAUAUUAGUCUCUUGGGUACAGACCUUCAAGAGAAGUUUUGUUGCUUGUCAAAUUUUAUUUCUCUCUAAACUUUCUCUUAACACUUAUUUUUAAGUACCAUCUUUGUCUCGUGUUAUGAGCAGGCUAGUGUUUACCUUUCUAAUCUGUACUUUUUGCUUUGAAAUGUGACAAAGGGUUUCUCGUUUUCAGUUCUCAUUGGAGUUACAGUUCUCUGCAACAUAUCGUACUAGAUAUGUAUAAUUGUGUAGAAUAUAACAAGCCCGUUGCUGGGGGUAGGGGACGGACCCUCUAGGCCCCCAGGCGAGGAGCUGCCCCGCCCCCAAUGGUAAAAACCGUAAGCAUUAAAAUUAUCCAUUGUUCUUGUCAUGUGCGCCCUAUCUGGUACUGUGACCCCCUGUCGCAAGAAGCUGGUGACGGGUCUUUAAUUAUCUACUACUUGCUUAAAGCCAUAAUGGGUACCGAGGAAUGCGUCUCUUAGUUGAUUGAAAUCUCCAGUCACUAUUACACCACAUAAUGGGUGCAAUGGUAUUUUUAAAUUCACCAUAGUGUGUUUUAAGUGAUACAAAACUUGCUGUACACAUCCGAUUUAAUCGAAUUUCAUAAUUGCGAAUUGAAUUUAACAAGCGUUUAGUCAUGUUCUAGAUUUUAAAAUGUUGUCUGUAUUUAGUAGGCACCACGUGCAUGUAGAAGCAAAGAAAUCAGUUACAUUAAGAAUAGGCUUACUGAAAGGCAAAAUUACGAAUAAUCAUUUUGAUAAUGGGAAUAUCACAUUGUGUUGCGGAAUCAUGUUCAAAUAGGGGUCUAAUCAACUGGAAGACUUUCUAAUGUUCUUAAAUGAUGAGGAUUUUUGUGAAAAAGUGCCGAUGUAUUGAUAUCGCUGUUUACACUACAAGUAAUGUAGUAAAUUUCUUAACAGUGUCAGCUGUGGGCUUACAAAUUGAUUUUACCCAAUGCCCCAAAGAACUGUGAAUGUUCUGCUGCAUUUGGUGUAUGAUUCUUGGCAGUGCUCAGCCCAACUUAGCUUACAAUUUAUAGUAAUACCUAAGUAUUUCUCAGAUUAACGUCGUUCAUAUAAUAAUCAUCAUAUCGGUGAGUUCUUCUGGAAAUUUUGAUAACCUUACAUUUAUUUACAUUAAACCCGAGCAUCCACCUUUGCGACCAAUCAUUCAAUAAAUUCAGGUCAUGUUGUAAUCUACCACGAUCUUUAGGGCAUUUUACUGUACGAUAGAAUACACAAUCGUCUGCAAAUAGGCGAAUAGUCGAUUAAAUAUCAUUAGAUAUUCACCCGCUGAGAUCUAUUAGUUAAGAAAUUCAUAAUCCAAUUCAUAUUUUUCUCACCGAUAUUAAACAUAUGAAGCUUCUCGCAGUGGUGAACUCGAUUAAAGGCCUUAGCAAAGUCAAGGAAAAUAACAUCAACACCAUGUCCGGAGUCCAAAUAACUGCUCCAGUCACCCACAGUGUCCAAAAGUUGUGUUUCACAAGACCGUUUUUCUCUAAAGCCAUGCUGAUUGCGUUCAGUACCUCGUAUUUGUUUAAGUGGUAGUCCUGUCGUGAAUGAUGCACUCAAGAAUUUUACAAACGACAGAGGUAAAAGAGAUGGGCCUGUAAUUACAGGCGUCAUCUUUCUUACCCUUUUUAUGUAGGGGUACAAGAUGUGCUUGUCGCCAGUCUAAGGGAAUAACACCAGAUUCCAAAGAAGUGUUGAAUAACUUCGCUAGGGAGGGAGCAAGGAUAUCAGCGGCUUCUCUCAGAAUUAUGGAGGCAAUACCGUCAGGCCCAGGAGAUUUAUUAAAAUCGAGGUGGUUCAUUAUUUUAAGGACCUCUGAGGCACUACACUGAAUAUCACUCAACUGCUCGAUACCUGGCAUUACUUCUUUUGGUAAGGGGCGGUCGGAUUGCUGUUGGGUGUUAAAUACAGAAUUAAACUGUGUAUUCAAGGCCUCCGCAAUAAGUUGAGGAUUAGUAACAGUGACCCCAUCUACAUUAAUGCACUCAGUAGAAUUAUGAUUGCUUCUACAACUCUUACAUAAUUCCAAAACCUCAUAGAAUUAUCAUCAAUAUUUGACACAACUUCGUGAACACAGUUAACAUGUCUUUAUCGGACUUUAAUUUUAUGUCACGCCUGAUAGUUUUGUAUUUAUCCCACUGGGAUUCUGUUACAUUCUGUUACGUUUUCUCAUUAAUAAUCUAAUUUCGCUGGUAAUCCAGGGCUUCCUAUUGGUAGUCUCAAUAAAUUUGCAAGGAACUUUA